UGUCGUUUCUGUUAGCAGAAAGUUUGCAAAUUAUUGAGGUGAUACAUUGUCGUCAAUGUAGUGUUGCGAUUGCAAAAUGGCAGGUGCCGUUAGUUUAGAUCAGAUGGUCGACUUGGCCAUAGGUCCACCUGAAACCGGAGCUGUAAAUUUCAAUAUUUUGAAAGCUGUUCUUCUUGCACUUAUCAGAAAAUCCGACCUCGAUAUAACUGUGCCUUCGGCAGAUAUAUAUAAGAUAAGUAAAUUGCCUCAAUCACAUCAUUACGAAAAUGUUAAUCGCGACCCUUCACAAAUUAAUCAAAGCCGUGGUCCAGAAGGUAGUACAGAUCCACAGUUGUCUGCGAGUUUAGAUGUCAUUGGUGGUGUCGCUGAUAGUGAUACGACUAUUACGAGUAGGCCUAGUGAUGUUGGUUUUGUCGGUGGUAGCAAAUCCAGCGUAAAUGUUCCUGUUGCGCGAUCGAAAUCCGCAGAAGAAAAUAUUAAGAAACAUCCAUCUGAUCAAGUUUUAGAAACGUUAGAGAAGAAAGUCUCUCAUAUAGAGAAUCAGCUGAAUGAUAUUAAUAAUGGGGUAGAUGCUAGCAAUGCACAACUAUUUGAACGAGUUAAAAGUCACAGACGAAUGAGCAGCGUGUUGGGUAAUCCCGAAGAGGAAACUGAGCUAAGGCGACCAGUUUCAGAAAUGUGGCAAUUGAUGCAAUUAACCAAACGAGUGGCAGCAAAUGAUGAAGGUAUAGGAAAGCUUAUGUCAUUGUCAGAAGACAUGAUGGCAAGAUUGGGUGAACUGCAGGACAAUGGAGAGAGUCUCAAAACCCAACUUACGCAACAUGCUGAAAAUAUUUCUGAUGUGAAGACAGAUGUGCACACCAUUGUUGAAUCUGCGGUGGAGGAGAAGAUGGGUGAUUUUGUCAGCAAGUUGGACCUUCAAAGCGUGUUGGUUGAAGCCAGAGAUAUAACCCAGGAGACAGCAGAAAAGCCCAUACAGAUGUAUCCGAAGCCUCACCAUCCUGAUGUGGAGGGCGGCUGCCUACCAGGGGAAACUGAACUUAAAAUUGAGGAGCUCUCUACCAUGCAAAAUGAUUUAUUAAUAAAAGUCAAUGGCAUCACAGAGCGACUCGAAAACCAGACUUCUCAUUCUGAAUCUGUGGACCUUAACAAUCUUCUAGAGCAGAUGGGAGCGAUCCAUCAAGAGAUCAAUGAUCUUCACGCACUAAAAGAUCAGUUCGCAGAACUUCAGGAUUUGAUAACACAAUAUCAGCAUGACACGAUGUCCAUGAGAAACGAGCUGGAGACCAUUGCCAACCUUCACACACAACCGGAUGAAGGUUUGCCCGUGAAUAGUGACCAACAGGUGGCAGAAGCAAUGAGCAUUUCACUCAUGGAGCAGGAAACUGCUGCUAUGAAAGCCAUGGGAGAGACGCUCAACGGGCAGUUUACUGAGUACAAGAUUAGACUCGAGAGUGUCGAGACCAAAUUAAAGUUGACUCUUGAGGUGCUUGAAGAGAAAUCUGCCGCUGCGAUUCAGUAUGGAUCAGAAGUGGAUCAGUCCGCACAGAUCGUUGAGGCGCACGACGCCGUGGAGACGCUGCAGGCGGACGUCGCAAAGCUAGGGGGCGCUGUCGACGCGCUGAUGUCGGAGCACGGCGUGCGGCAGGAGCAGAUCCAGCGUCUCCAUGGUUACGUGAAGCAGCUGCAGCAGAGCAAGGCCGACCGCGAGGUGAUGAGUCACGAGAUUGAGACGAAAGCCGACAAGAGCCACCUCGGCCUCAAGGUUAGCCGCUCGACCUUCGAGGAGCGGACGACCGCCCUCAGCGAAGGCAUCGCCGCCAUGUUGGACAAACUCACUGGUCAGGAGAGAGACUGGCAGCAGGCAGUGGACGAGAUGUCGGACGUUAUCGGCCAGAAGCUGGAGAAGACUGACAUCAGACCACUAGAGGAAUACAUGGAGAAGAAGAUUCAUCAGUUCGACCAGCAAGUCACGAGUCUGACCGACUACCAGGCCGGAACCCUCGCAGACGAAGCUGCUGGCAUCAGAAAACAGCUGUAUAAUUGCAUCUCCUGUGACAAGAGGGUGAAAACGGCAUCGACAGCGCCACUUGCAAGCCUUCCCAUACAGGAUGGUCUUCCUGCAACAAGAUCUACUCGUCCUUACACUACCUUUGAGCUUGACCACCUACGCCAGUGUAUGAAAAGCCCAGCAAAGCGAUGUCUAACAGGGGAGUAUAGCAUCAUGAACAGGGCCUGUGGUGGGGCUCAUACGAUGCUCUACCCACACAAGCGCAACAUGAAGACCUCUGGGUGCCUUCCAGAUGAGAGUGAUAAUAUACCAAUAGUCAGUGGCGAGGUGGAAUUAAUUGGACUAGAUGGACACAUUUAUAAGGGACGGCAAAAUUCUAUGCAUACACUUGUUCUGCCAUCUAUAUCGAGCGGUAAGGGGAAACAGGAGAGAAAGGCGGUGAGGCGCUGCCACAGUCAUGAGCUAUCCAUGCGACCGGGAGCCCAACUCGAUCCUAGAGCUUCCCCGGAGUCUUGCUUGGCACCGCCCGACUCGAACGAAUCGAAACGAUCCUACUCGCCUUCUCCCCCGCUCUCCGCCAUUUCCGGCGCCGUCGUGCCUAGGGUAUCCACUAGCGAGAAGGACAUGCAGAUUGCACUACGUGACAGUAACGAGUCAUCAGAAAAUGAGACGAGUGCGAGUCCAAAGCCAGCAGAUGAGACCUAACGUGUAACCUGCCACUGUCACUGAGAGACAAAAUGUUGAACAUGUGUUGGAACGAACCUAUCACGUCUGAUUGGGAAGAAAAAACUUGUUGUAUUGUUAUAUGUAUUGUAUAUAUAUUGUAUUGUCAGAAAUUUCCUCUUUAUAGCUAUUAUAAUACAGUAAUUACAUAUAUAUUUUAAAUGUUUAAUUUUCGAUAGCUAUUUUUUUUUGUACUCGUAGAUACUGUGCGAUGAUCUGUGUGAUUAUCUGUGCGGCAGCAGGCCGGUGUGAAACUUUGUUACUAUAUUGAUGGGCAGUUGAUACGUGUGCAGCGUGGUAUAUGUACUUGGACGACAAUGAACUUGUUACGCUAGUCAUAUUAUGCAUAAAUAGACAAUUAGAAUCGAAGCACCUCGCUAUGAAUCGAGUUUUUAUUGUCACUGCCACUGAAAACAGACGGUAUAGCACAUGUACAUCGUAAUAAUACGUCGUAAAGCUCUUUUGAAAAUACGUAGUAAUUAUAGUAGUUUCUUAUCACGUAUUAAAUCACUAGUUGUUUUAGCUCAUUUCCAAUCGUAGAGUUGUGCAUGGUUGGUAGUACAAGCAAAUUUUCGUACUCGUGGUUAAAAAAUAAAGGUUAUAUAUUGUAUGUAGACAUGUACAACCAAGUCAACGUUGGUCAUCAUCAAGCCAUAAUUAUAUACUAACGUCAUGCUGCGUCGUGUGCUUUAACAACUUUUAAGAUCAAAGAUUUAUAGUAAAUCAUUGUAUGCAACAAUAAAACUGCAUUAAAGUGAAUUCCA